AUGUCUCUGAGUGGAGUUAGAGCCCUGGCCCUCUUCGCCCCACACAGCAUGCCAACGUUCAUCCUCGCCUUGUCCCACCGCCUGCACGCGUCCGCCUUUGCAGUCGUGGGGCUGGGCACGUGGGAAGCUAUCUCCCUUCUCCACCCAUCGUCGAAACCCCCAUCUUUUUUCCCCCUUCCUUUCCCCCAGCCCUCUUCACCCGGCACGGCAUGCCAACGCUCAUCUUCGCCCCCCCUCUUCGCUCCACACGGCAUGCCAACGUUCAUCUUCGCCUCGUCCCACCGCCUCCACGCAUCCGCCUUUGCAGUCGUGGGGCUGGGCGCGCGGGCAGGGCGGUACCUGUGGGGGAGCAGGGAGGAGACGUGCCUGUGGAUCUCCCUUGAAGGACCGAGGGCUAUUAUGGGAACGUUGGUCUAUUAUUUUCCAGAGGAUACGAAUGGACUUAAGGUGAACGGGUUACCACCUAGGGACCCCAGCAGAGUGUCACUGUACGAGACUGUGAUUAUACAGUGCACGCUGAAUGCUCCCACUCCUGCUGAUUCUGCUGGGACACUCUUUGCCACUAUACACGGCGACGAGGUGCUUAUAAGGAGGGAGAAUCUUCCGAAAAAGGUCUCCGGUUCAAAUCGUACUUCUGGUUCGGACGGCCUUCUGGUUCUUGACCCUCCCACGCCGCUCCCCCGCUGGCUCACUGUGUGCACUCAACUCAUCACCCAACCGGUGCGGCCAGAGCGAGUGCUGGAGCAGAUUCAGCUCUUCACUUAUUACGGUGCCGAUAGCUUUCUUGUAUACGACGGGGGAGGAGUGGACGAGCUUCUAAGGCAGGCGCUAAGGCCGUACGUCACUGCAGGGAUGGUCGAAAUCGUACCUCUUAUGGGCUUGUCACACCUCUCAGCACAGCUGGAUGUGCUUGUAACAAACGACUGCCUCUACCGCACGCGCUUCACCUCCCGCUGGGCCACCUUCGUGACAUUAGAAGAACUACCCUUUGUCUUCAACGGCCGCCUGUCGCUGCGCAUGGCUCUGGAAGACAACGAGGACGCACCGUGGCUGUCAGUGGGGUCGUACGAGUGGAGCAUCAAGCUGUGUGCCCCCCCUGCUGGUACUGCUAAUGAUUCUGCUGCUUCUGCUGCAGCUGUUGCAGGAGAGGAGUGGCUGGCACAGCAGAUGGUGUAUCGCAUGCCAACCCCCACCUGCUCCCACGCCACCACCAACGCCUCAGCUAUAGACCACUGCGUGGGCACCGCUGGUUACCGCCGGUUGCUCUUCAACCCCAGGCGCGUGGACGUGUUACAGCCGCACGCUGCUGUUAAGCCGGCGGAUGAAGGCGUGAAUAUCUCUGCAAGGAAAAUGAAUUAUAAUCGAUAUAAGAUCAUGGAGCGGCUGCAGCGGAUAUUCCAGAGCGCGGGGGGAGGCAUGGGGCCCCAGCCGGACGCUCCGAUGGUCGACACGUCGGAGCAGGUGUACAUCUCGUCGCUCGCUCUGUUGAAGAUGCUUAAACACGGUCGAGCGGGAGUGCCCAUGGAGGUCAUGGGUCUGAUGCUGGGCGAGUUUGUGGACGACUAUACUGUCCGGGUGGUUGAUGUGUUCGCCAUGCCUCAGAGCGGCACGGGCGUGAGCGUCGAGGCGGUGGACCCAGUUUUUCAAACUAAGAUGCUCGACAUGCUCAAGCAGACGGGCAGGCCUGAAAUGGUGGUUGGCUGGUACCACUCGCAUCCAGGCUUUGGCUGCUGGCUCUCAGGCGUCGACAUCAACACACAGCAGAGCUUUGAGGCGCUGAACCAGCGGGCAGUGGCUGUCGUGGUGGAUCCUAUUCAGUCAGUCAAGGGCAAGGUGGUGAUCGACGCCUUCCGGCUCAUCAACCCACAGACUAUGAUGCUGGGGCAGGAACCGCGCCAAACCACCUCUAACCUCGGUCAUCUCCACAAGCCGUCCAUCCAGGCCCUUAUCCACGGCCUCAACCGGCACUACUACUCCAUCGGCAUCAACUACCGCAAGAACGAGCUGGAGGAGAAGAUGCUGCUGAACCUGCACAAGAAGAAGUGGGCACACGGGCUGACGCUGCAGCCCUUCGAGAGCCACAACAAGAAGAACGAGCAGAUCGUGCAGAAGUACAACAAGGCCGUGCAUGAGGAGGAUACGCUGUUCCCUCUUCUUGCCCCCCCCUUCCCCAACCCUCUUCCCCUUUUCCCCUUCCCUCUUCCUCUGCCCCCAUUCCCCCUUCCCUCGUCCCCAACGCCCCUACUCAACAGGACAUGUUGGAGUUGGCUCAGAAGUACAACAAGGCAGUACAGGAGGAGGAUACAUUGUUCCCUCUUCUCCCUUCCUCCUCCUUCAACCCCCUUUCACUCUCCCCCUCUCACUUUUCCUCCCAACACCUGUCCUCAACAGGACAUGUUGGAACUAGCUCAGAAGUACAACAAGGCAGUACAGGAGGAGGAUACAUUGUCGACUGAGAAGUUUGCGAUUGCGAGUGUGGGGAGGCAGGACGCAAAGAAGCACCUGGAGGAGCAUGUGUCGACACUCAUGUCGUCCAAUAUCGUGCAGACACUAGGCACGAUGCUGGACACUGUCGUGGUGAAGCCAGUGACUCAGAAGGAGAAGGACGAGGAGGACAAGGCGAAGGUGGCAGCAGGCAUGUGUGACAAGAUUCAGAGCUACGCCAAGCUGUACGGGGAGGGGCCAAUUGCAUGGCAACCACAGGCAGACAAAUACGUGUUGAUGGACUGCCACAGGAACCAGAUGAGCAAUCGUGUGCGGUGCAUCAAGAACUACCUCCUGGCAGCUGGUUAUUUGAACCGCACGCUGGUGGUGCCUCUGCAUGCCGAUGAAAUCACCUAUCACUACGAACGCCGCGCUUACUUUGACAUCAACCACACGCGCCGCUGCUUCGGCCCUCGCACUGUCAUUUCCCGUGAUGAGCUUCUGGAAGAGGAGAGGAAGAGGAGGAUGGGCGGUGCAGGAGGGGGAGGGGGAGAAGGAGGGGGAAAUGUUACGGUGAAUGUCGACCAGAUCGUCUGUUUGAUUGGUCGGUGUUACAAUCAGGACCACAUGGGCGUUCCAGACCUCAUGCCGAACCUAACCGGCAUCGGUUACUCGCCGAACCUAAAGUGGACGAACGGCGGGUUUGUUCAGAGCCAUCCAAUCAACAUCACCGAUUUCCACCGGUCUUACCACAUCCCUGACCCCUCUCACUUUUUCCUACAGGUGAACGAACUCGAGAAUAUCAUGCGUACCUACAUCCCGAACCUGAGGCUGGUUCGGCAGCCGACGUUCCUGACAGGCGAGGACUGGGCGGCAGUGCUUGCUCAGGCCAAUUUCACCCACAUGUUCACUGUGCAAGCCAUGCUCGAUAAGGAGUAUGACGAGAGAGGAGUGCAAGCGGGUCAGGAAGAAAGCACUGUGGCGGGUGCAGUGGGUGCAGUGGAUGGAGUGGGUGCAGUGGGUGCUGCAGUGGGUGCUGCAGUGGGUGCUGCAGUGGGUGCUGCCACUAACCGACCCAUCAGACUCGACUGGGUGAAGCCAGUGACCCAGAAGGAGAAGGACGAGGAGGACAAGGCGAAGGUGGCAGCAGGCGUGUGUGACAAGACUCAGAACUAUGGCAAGCUGUACGGGAUGGGACCUAUUGCGUGGGAGCCGCAGCCUGGCAAAUACGUGUUGAUGGAUUGCUACAGGAACCAGAUGAGCAACCGGGUCCGGUGCAUGAACAAAUACCUCAUAGCAGCAGGCUAUCUGAAUCGCACGCUGGUCGUGCCUCUGCAUGCCGACGAGAUCAGCCGCAAUUACGACCGCCGCGCUUACUUUGAUAUCGACCACACACGCCGCUGCUUCGGCCCCCGCACUGUGAUUUCACGGGACGAGCUACUAGAGCUGGAGAGGGAGAGAAGGAUGGGUGGUGGGGGCGGGGUAGGGGGAGGCGGAGGGGGAGGAGCUGGGAAUGAUACGGUGAAGCAGCUGGAGCAAGUUAUCCGUGCCUCCAUUCCAAACCUCAGGCUGGUUCGGCAGCCGGCGAGCCUGGCGGGCGAGGACUGGGCGGCAGUGCUUGCCCAGGCCCAUUUCACCCACAUGACCACAGUACAAGCUGUACUCGAUAAGGCUAUAUGCGUUAUGGCGGAUGUGUUUUUGGGGACCGAUGCGUCGUCCUUUAGUGCAGAUAUAAAUAGGAUCCGAGCAGGACUUAGAUUUCAAGAAUGUGACGAUGCUCCAAUUUGUCAUGGGUUGCCGGUGGUGGGUGGGAGAUAG